AAGGUUUUCGCGGUGGAACAAUUCGAGGCGCUGCAGAGUCGCGACGGCAGCCACCGGCGCGCGAUCAUAUACAAAGCACGCACUCGGCUAUAUAUAUGUAUACAUAUACAUAUCUUUAUACACACUAAAUACAUACAUAUAUGUAUGUAUAUGUAUAUAUAUAUAUAUACAUAUAUACAUACAUAUGUAUCUACAUCUACUCCUUCCACGGAACAAUCAGCGGUGUACGUAAACACUUACUGAGGGUCAUCACCGAUAAGCUCAGCUGUUCUGUAUCAAUUAAAAAUAAAUAAAUUACGAAUAAUUAAAUAAAUAACUCUAUUAAUAAAUCGACAUCGCGAAAGUUCGCGGCACUCGGGUCUAAUAAAAAAAAAUUUCAUAACUCAGUAAUAAAAUAAGUAAAUUGAGGAAAAAAAAAGUAAUUAAAAUACAGUGACGUUAUCGAUAUCAUCCCUCGUAAACACGUGGUCCGGCGCACGCGGCCCACGCCGGUGGAGAGAGCGGGGGUCACUCUGGGUGGGAGAAGAGAGAGAGACUGAUUGAGACAGAACUUAAUUUAAAUAAAUAAAGUAACAACAGUAAUAAUUAUAAAAAGGUGUUUUUAAUCAUCAAGAACGGAUCAAUCAGCAGAAAAGUUUAUUGAGGAUCUGGUGACGAGUCGGGAUAUGUUGGAGCCACGCUGGAGACCCGUCCAGGUCAGUGGUGAAUUGUUCUUCGGCCACUGAGAGCGGACAUGGUUCAUUGACGGGCACAUUGGGGAAAGUCCAUUCGAUUCUGGAUCUUGGGGUAAAGAACAUUUUCAACAAACAUCUUGGCAGCUUAAUCCGCGCGGCCAUAUUCGAUCCAGUGACGAUGGCAUAAUGGAUCAUGACACGGACGGAGACGGUGCGAUCAACUUGUCAACGUCUCAACGACCCUCUGCUUCGACUACUCCGAAUGGUGAUGGUCCACUCUACGGCCAAGAUCAACACGAAAAAGAUCAGGCAUCAACGCUGUACGCUGUUUUAAAGCAACAUCAGUCAAGAGAUUUAAGUUGGGAACGCGAUAAUCAAAUUUCGAAAAAUACAAAAGAGAGACUCGAGAGAUUGGGACUCAGUGGCUUAGAUAAAGCUAUAACGACAAGCUCAACUGCAACAUUAGGAGCUGUGGGAGAUCAUCAGCAUCAGCACCAGCACCAACAUCAUCAUCAGGAUUUAACAAUCGAGUAUCGUAGCAAUGGCAAGCUCAGUCCAACAACUGGGCAAAAUUCAGUGACAACAGCAUCACCCAUGACCCAGCAAAAGCAACCGACAUUAUCAUCACAAUCAUCUCAGCCUUGUUCCGGUACGACACCGAGCUCACAACAGACGAGUCCACAUCAAAGCCCCCAGGCGUUGCAUCGUGCAUCGUCUCCAAAUCCCAAUCAGGGACAACUGCCUGGUGGUGGCCCACCUGGUGGUCCACCAACACAUAAUUCUACACAGAUGAUGCUCAGCCCGGCCAGUGGCCUACAUCAUCAAAUGCAGCAACUACUGCAGCAACAUAUUUUAACACCCACGCAGCUGCAGUCCUUCGUGCAGCAGCAUACACUUUAUUUACAACAACAGCAGCAGCAACAUCAUCAGGAAACGUCUUCCGAGCAUGUCGCUAAUCAAGAAAGAUUUGGUUAUUUUUCAUCUAUUAAAAACCAUCAGCACCAACUAGCGGAGCUGGGGAGGAAACAGCUGGAACAGAAUAUGCAGCAAUUGCAGGAACAACUGCAGCUUAAUCUGAUUCAGCAGACGCAUCUUCUCCAGACGGCAGACAAAAAGAAAAAUUCAGUGCCAUUACAACAACUUGGUGUUCAACAGCAUCAAAUUAUUCAGCAACUGCAGAUGACCCAAAGACAGUAUCUAUUUCAACAGGGAUUAAGUCUACAGAGUCACAAUCAUUCCUCUGGCAAUUUAUCUAAUGAUAAUGUGCCUGCUUGGAAGUCUGAACCCAAUGAAAGCAGUGAACCUCAUCAGAAUUCCAGUGUUCCUAAAUCAGGAGCUAGUUUAAAUGGAUUAAUAAAUUCGAUAGCAAAUCGACGGUCGGAUUUAAAUGGAACAACACUCGUGGAUGAAAAACCACUUGACGUUUCAUGCCAUGACAAAGCUCACCCCCUCUACGGUCAUGGAGUAUGCAAAUGGCCAAGCUGUGAAGUUAUUUGCGAUGACUAUCAAGCAUUCCUGAAACAUAUGAACACCGAGCACACGUUAGAUGACAGAUCGACGGCUCAAGCGCGAGUUCAAAUGCAAGUGGUAUCACAAUUAGAAAUUCAAUUGCAAAAGGAGCGAGAUAUUUUAGGCGCCAUGAUGCAUCAUCUUCAUGUAGCGAAACAAAUGUCUUCGCCCGAACCACCUAAAUCAUCUGAAUCCUCGACUGGUUCAAGUUUAUCAAAAUUAAAUUUAUCAACUGGUUUAAUGAAUCAGCCACCGCCAAAUUUUGGUGUUUCGCAAGUAUCGCCAGCAUCAAUGUCAGCAUUAGUAUCAGCAGUGAGAUCACCGGGUGGCGGACAGCUGGCGCCAUCAGCCGGAGGAACGCCGAUGCCACCGAUGCCGAAUAUGUCGAGUAUAGCGGGAAUCCCAUUGCCAAACAUGCCCGGAAGUAUGCCAACAAUACCCGGUGGAUUACCGAGCAUGGCGGGACCUAUUCGAAGGCGAAUCAGUGAUAAGUCCGCGCUUUCUCUCGCGGGAGGGCUGCCCUACAUGCUCGAGCGGGCUGGCCUUGACGUCCAACAAGAAAUUCAACGAAAUAGAGAGUUCUACAAAAAUGCUGAUGUGAGACCACCGUUCACGUAUGCAUCGUUAAUACGCCAGUCGAUAAUUGAAUCACCUGAGAAGCAAUUAACCCUCAACGAGAUCUACAAUUGGUUCCAAAACACAUUCUGUUACUUCCGACGAAAUGCAGCAACAUGGAAGAACGCAGUGCGACACAACCUGUCUCUCCACAAAUGUUUCAUGCGAGUCGAAAACGUGAAAGGGGCCGUAUGGACUGUCGACGAAGUGGAGUUUUACAAGAGACGUCCUCAACGCGCUUGCAGCACGACUGGGGGAGUGCCAUCAAAAAGUCCCACGCUGACGCACAGUCCGACAAUGUACGGUGACGCUCUCAAUGCCAAUCUCCAGUAUUUCCAGGCUGCGUUGGGUGAAUCUAACAUGGGAUUUUUGAACAAUUCGAUGUGUACAUCAACAGCCACAAGUCCGGACAAGGAACACGUGAUGCCACACAACGAUCUAAUAUUUGUAAAUUACUUCAGGUCAUCGCUCGACGAAUCGGGGAUGCAUAUAAAGCAAGAGGGCCAAAGUCCCGAGGGAAGUAAAUUAUCGAGAUUAAUAAAACGUGAAUUGCUUGAUGGACCAAACGAUCACGAUCACGACCACGACGACGAGGGCGUCGACGACCGCGAGUAUCCCGAGAGCCACGGUCACGAUUCCGGGCAAGACGAAGAUAUGGCCGAAGAUUUAUCAAUGGCACCAGACAUUAUGACAUCCGACGAUCAAAUUGAAGCGUAGUACCACACAUUUAAUUAAAAAAAAAACAUCAACAAAAAUUAAUAAUUCAGUUAAAUUUAACGACUUGAAUUAAUUUUUAAAAAUCAACCCAAUUUUUGACUAAUAAUUAAUUAUUAUUAAUAAUAAUAAUAAAUAAUAAAUAUUAAAUAUUUAAUAAAAAUAAUUGAUAAAUUUUGAUUCUGGUCUUUUGGGCAUAAAUUAAAUAAUAAUAAUUAUUUGUCCGUAUAAAUAAUUUUAGAAAAUAAUCGUAGCUUUAGUCGAAAAAGGAAAAAAAAAAAAGAAAAAAAAAUAUAAAAUGGUAAAAAAAAUAAUAAUAAUAAUAACAAAGUCACUCAGCAUAUCUAAAUCGCAAUUUUUUCAUAAGACGAUAAUAAGACUUUUGAAUGUGAUGACGUCUGAGAACGCGAGCAGUAGAGAGAGAAAGAGGGAAUGCAUGAAAUUGAACAUAGAAAAAAAUAAUAAUAAUAAUUUAAAUAAAAAAAUUAUACUCGAUGGGAUUGGUUAGAUUAUAUUUUUAUUUUAUAUUUAAUUUGUUUUUUUUUUUUUUAUAAAUAUUAAAUAAAAAUAAAAUUAUAUUAAAUAAUAAAUGAUAAAGUCAAUCGAAGCGAUCCAUAUCUUAAUUCAACAGACAACGAUUUGUAUUAUUAUUUUUAUUUUUAACGUUGUAAACAAUUCAGUUAUUUGUAUAGUCAAAGUAUAUAAAUAGUCUACUAUCUAUAAAUAUAUAAAUAUAUAAAUAUAAAUAUAAAUAUAUAAAUAUAUGUAUGUAGGAUUUAUUAAUUGAUAAUUUAACAAAAAUAAUAAUAAUUUUAUUUAAUGAAACAAAAUAGUCACGUGUGCUCAGGUCUUUUUUCUUGAGACACUCGAUCGACAAUUUUAGUAUUAAUUUAUUAUAUAUAUAAAUAAAUAAAUAGAAAAAAAAAAACGCUGUGGAAGUGGCUCUUCUAAGUCGCAAUUUAUAUAUAAAUGAACAUAAAUAUUAAAUAAUAAAUAAUUCUGUACUCUAUUUUAUUUUACAGAAUUUGAAAAUAUUUAAGAGGUAAAUACACUUCCGGUACGUGUGUUGACGAUAUUGAACACGUUUGUAGAUAAAAUAAUAAAAAAUAACACAGACAAAAGAGAAAAUGCUGAAGAAUAAAAUAAAUAAUUGAUUUUAUUGUAAGAUUCUAGAGAGUAGAGAUAAAUGAUUUUGAAAAUAAUAUUAAUGAUAAUAAUAAUAAUAAUAAUAAUAAUAAUAAUAAUAAUAAUAAUAAUAAUAAUAACAAUACUGUUAUUAAAUUCAGUCGAUACCAGUUACAAUACAUAAAAUAUAAGUCUAUAAAUAAAUUAUGAAGAAUGACGGAGACUGCUGCUAGAGAUAAAUAUAAAAGACACGUCGGCUAUUUAAUUAAAUUAUAAAUUUAUAUCCAUGUCCAAAAAAUUAUUCAUUAAAUCACAUGAUACUUUUUACCUUAACUUUAUUAUAAAAUGAUGAAUAAAUAAAAAAAAAAUCUUUAAACAUUACACUGUAAAAAAUAACCGGGGUAAGUCCAGACGGUGUAGGUGUCAAAAUUUUCGGUGGAAUAUUUUUGUUUACGUGAUCACUACAGUUACAAUUACUAGUGUUUUUAUUAAUUAAUUAAAUGAUUAGUGAUGGAAAUGGUGGCCGUAAAAUUGUGUAAUUUUUAAAUAAGUACAUAGCAAAAUUUUAAUUAUCUCCAGAUAACAUUUAUUAAAUUUUUAUAUUCUUUUUAUAUGUAAUAGAUUUUUUUUUCUAAUUUUUAUAUGUGGAAUUUUUUUUUACACCGAUUUAACACCAGUAUUUUAACACCGCUCUUUUUACAGUGUAGUAUUCUUUUUAAUUAAAAGAAAAAAAAAUAAUUAAUAAUGAUAAUAGCCUUUGACUAACGGACCGUCGUGGCUGGAUGAAAUAAUAAUAAAAUUUUAAAUUGUUAAGUGCAGAAAAUUCCGAUUGUUUUUUUUUUAAAUGACACCGACUGACAUUUAAAACUGUCUCUUAUAAUGUGAUGUAUGCAAUGUAGAAUUAUGAAUUAUAAUUACGAGAUUAUUAUUGAUUAUUAUUAUUAUUGAUUAUUAAGAGUACUCGAAGGUCCAAAGGCACUUUUUUUUUUUUUUUUUAUUGAGAAAAGACAAUUUUAAUUCUUUUAUUCUGGAAUUUUUAUAAAUUAUUUGAGAUUAAGGAUCUUGAUCUAUUUUUUAGAAUUUUGUAAAUAACUUUUGUCAAUUUAUUUUUUUGAAAUUUAUGUUUGUUAAUAAUUGAUUUGUAAUUACGAUUAUUGUUAUUUAAUAAGUCUACUAAAUUUGGCUGUCAAUAUUUAUGUUAUUUAAAAUCACAGGGUCGUUAGUUAUGACUUUCACACAAAAAUUAAUUAUUUAAUUCCAAGGACAAUAGUUAGUUAGGAAAACAACUAAAUAAUUUGAUUAAUAAAUUAAUUACAUACUGAGCAAAAUAAAUAUUUAAAAAAAAAUAUUUUUUUAUAAUUCAUUUUUACAACGAUCAGUUAAAAAUAUUUUUAUCUCAAGAAUUUUAGAAAUAUUUUACAAAAUAUUAAAUUAAUUAAAAUAAAUUUUCUGUCAAAAAGUAUUUAUUUUGCUGCUCAGUGUAAAACUGAAUUUAUUUAUGUAAAAUAAAAAUAAUAAAAUGUAAAUAAAAAAAUUUAUUUAAUUAAAAAUAUCAAAAUUUAUGAGUUGCUAUUAAAAUAAAAUUAAAAAAAUUGGGAUUUAAAUUCUAAUAAAAAAAAAAAAAAUAAUGAGUGAUAUAAUUAAUAAGAUUCUUAAUCUCAAUAAAAAAUAAAUUUGAAUUUAAAAAAGAGGCCUCAAGUACCCAAUCAAAGCUCACCCAAUUGGUAGCGUAGCUUAGCAUUUUAUCUUAAUAAUUAAUAAUAUAAUUGAAAUUAUUAAUAAUGAUGAUGAGGAUGAUGAUGAUGAUGAUUAAUUAAAAAUAAUAAUAAUGAUAAUGAUAAGUAGUUUCGUAUUCAUUCGUACUGGGAAUUUAAUCGAUAUGUAGGAAAAAUUAAUAUUAAUUAAUUGGUGAUUAAUAAUGACAAUGAUAGUGUGGAUAUUAAUUAUGAGAGUAUAGAGAGUGAAUGGAUGUGAAUUAAUGUGAUCGAUAAUGCAGAAUUAUUAAAAUAAUAAAUAGUGAAGAAAGAUGAAUAAUCGUAAUAUCAGUAAUUUUAAAAUUGUAAUAAUAAAGUAAUAAAAUCAUAACAUUCGGCUUGAUAAUUAAAUUAUAAAAGAGAUUAAUCAGUUAUGUCUAUGAUAACAAAAAAAAUAAAGUUAAUAAUUUUUGAAAUUUUUUUUUUUAUUUAAAAAAUAUUUAUUAUUAAUUAUUGAUAAUUUAAUGGAUAUUUAAUGAAAAUGUACAGUUUUUUAAUUAAUUAUAAAGUAA